UGUAAUGAAGAAGAAACUCAGUAAAAUAAUGCAUACGUGCAAACACAUGACUCAUGUCCUAAAAAAAAAGUAAGCCUAUUAGUCACUAUUCGCCUAAAUAAUGCACUUAAAAAUAUUCAGAAGGUAUUUAACAUUAAAAAGGAUGGUAUGGGUCAUCAGUUUGACCAUCCCAUAUAUAGAGGCUAUAGUCCUUGUCGCAGGUAUUGCUGGCUUGACUCCCAAACCACAACCCCUGACUACAUGUCACCACCCACGUUGUCUACUCCCCACAUUUUCUAUCUCUCUCUUAAACAGUCAAUCAUUAAAGAAAACAGUGCCUGAAAAAUAACUUCAUAAAAAUUGUAAUGGUCUUCUGGUUAUUGAUGCAAUAAUUGGUGAUUUAUUUCUCCCAUUUAAGGGCAGCAACUGAUUCCCACAAGACCAGCUUUAUCUUUCAGCAUUUGACAGGAAGCGUAAACAUGACAAAUUUUGUGUGGUCGAAGCCACUGCAAGUUGCGUCAGUUUGGUGUGAAACGGAAGGAAAAAGAAAGUCUAUUCUCAGAUUUUAAUGUAGAGUAAAAUGUAUCUCUCCUCUUUUUCUGCGGCGUUAUUAUAAAUGCGAAGUGGACGUUUGUUUCCAAAGCAAAGCAACAGAGUGAUGCCGUAAAGAUGGGACAAAGCUUUCUUCGUGUGCUGGGGUUUUUCUUGUUGAAUUCACUGCUCCAUGGAUUUGCUCAAGAUCCCACUGCCCACAUUACCCUUAAAUAUAACUGGUCUCAGAUUUUCUGGGGUGAGACAGUCACUUUCAGAUGUGAGAUCAAGGGAGGUGGAGACACUGAUUGGACGUAUGGAUGGAGAACACUCGGCUCAGACCGACGAACAGAAAAUAAUGAAUACAGUAUUAGUGAUGUUACUGAAUCUCACAACGGAGAAUACAAGUGUUUGGGCAUAAACAACCACCCUCAGAUAUAUACCGACACACAAUGGAGUGAUCCCUACAGAUUGACAGUAACACCAUACAGACCAAGGGCUGAACUGAAUGCUGACAGUAGAAUCAUUCAACCAGGGGGUGUAGUGACUCUGAACUGCAAUGUGAACCCUCCAUCACCCGGGUGGGAGUUCUUCUGGUACAGAGAAGGAAGACCAGCUGAAUUCAAGAUCACACAAGAUACCAGGUUUCCUGUCUCACAAGGAGGACUCUACAGUUGCAUAGGAGGAAGAGGAGACCCAGUUUACUACACUGAGUCCAGCAAUCAAUUCACUAUCAACAGAAUCUUAACAAACAGAGCUGUUGUGACUCAACAACCACAUUGGUCUGAGAUAUACAGCGGAGAGAGGAUCGCCCUCAGAUGUGAAAUCCAUGAUGGAGAAGUCACUGAGUGGAUGUAUGAGUGGGAAACAACCGGCUCAAAUACAUUUACUAGACACAGUGAAGAUGCUGCUGAUAGUGGUGUUGUUUCCAGGGGUGGGGGAUACAAGUGUAAAGGAAGACACAAAACUGGUUCCUAUUCCUCAACUGAAUGGAGCUCUCCAAUCACACUGACUGUAUCAGCACACAAACCAAAGGCUGAACUGAGGGCUGAUAACAGAGACAUUCCAGUAGGGGGCAGUGUGACCCUGACCUGCUCUGUGAACCCAUCAUCUGGUUGGAAAUAUCACUUUUGGUACAAAGAGGAUAUAUUUGCUCAGUCCAAGGCCCUUGAAGACAGUGGUGUUACCUCAGCAGGACAAAUACAUGUCUCAGAGGAGGGAGUCUACUGGUGCAGAGGAGAGAGAGGAGACCCAGCUUACUAUACAGAGGACAGUGAAAUGAUUAGCAUCAACAAGAAGAAUGGGAACAAGGCUCUCGUGACUCUGCACCCCAGCUGGUCUGAAAUAUACUCUGGGGAGACGAUCACUUUUAGAUGUGAAAUUGAAGGUGUAGAUGACAAUGAGUGGGGGUAUGAGUGGGAAACAACCAGCUCAAGUGCAACUAAACCUACAAAGCAAAUGGACUACAGUAUACGUUUUGAUAAUACAUCCCACAAUGGAGACUACAAGUGUAGGGGCAGAAAACAAAGUGACAAGUCUUCAACAUUGUGGAGCACUCCCAUCACACUGACAGUGUUAUUCAAACCAAAGCCUGUCCUGACUGUGUCUCCAUCAUGGCUGAGUCCUGGAGACUCAGUAACUCUGAACUGUGAAGUUAAACACCCAUCUGCAGGAUGGAGGUUCUUCUGGUAUAAAGUUGUUCCCAAACUACCAGGCAAACUCUACAGCUAUGUUCUGCUGUCUGAGAGCAGCAAUGGGACUGAACAUUAUUCACUCAUUGUUGAAGGACAGACACACACAGCAGGAUAUGUGUGCAGAGCUGGUAGAGGAGAUCCAGUGUUUUACACUGAUUACAGCGAACCAAAGUUUGCCUGGUCUGCAGAUCUUCAGUCAUCAGCAUCUCUCAGAGUGAGUCCCAACAGAGUGCAACACUUCACCUCUGAUUCUGUCUCUCUGAACUGUGAGGGAAACUCUACCCAGUGGAGAGUGAUGAGGAUUCAGAAGGGAGGUACUCUUGCAGAAUGCUCUGCAUGGUGGAUAAAGACUGAGUCCUCGUGCACCAUCCCCACCUAUAGCUCGAGUAACGACCCGUUCUGGUGUGAGUCUGAAUCAGGAGAGUUCAGCAAUGCAGUCAACGUCACCAAACAGAAUUUGUAUAUUAUCCUGGAGAGCCCUGUACAUCCUGUGACUGCAGGAAGUUCAGUUAGUUUAAGCUGCAAACUGAAAUACAGAGCUAUGGUGUCCCCUGUGUUUUUCUAUCACAAUGACAAACUCAUUCAGAAUGAUAUCAAAACAGAGCUAAUUAUCUCUGCCGUGUCAAAGUCAGAUGAAGGCUUCUAUAGGUGUCGGUGCUCAGGAGAAGAGUCAGAACAGAGUUGGAUGUCAGUCAGAGCAGUGUCCAGGUCAUGGAGUUCAUUUCCUAUAAUUCUCGUAAUUAUUGGACUGAUUUGCAGGGUUAUAAUUAUGAUUAAUCCUCCAUUGUAUUGCAACAAACAGUUUAAGGAUUCACGUUUCUGCAGGAAAGACCAGUCUGUGAGCACAAACCAGGACUUUUCCACAAGUCAUGUAGUCGACCAAAGUGACGCUCAACAUGAACAAUACAGUACUCUCCUCCAUGGUGAUGCUUCCGUCUACCACUCAAUCAAAGGCCCAGCGGACUAUGAAAAUGACCAGUCUGGGAGCACUAACCAAGGCUGUUCCACAAGUCGUGUUGUUGUCCACAGUGACGCUCAAAAUGAUCAAUACAGUACCCUCCUUCAUGGUGAUGCUUCUGUCUAUGAAACAAUCAAAGGUUCUGCAGACUAAACCAAUGCUCUGUGAAGAGGCUGAGAUGACAACAGAAACAAUGUCAACAGAACUUUUUUAUGAGUAUAUCCAACUCUGCUUUUUAUACCAGAAAUGUUCAGGGCUUUGUACAGAUGAUGUGUUUGCAAUUUAUCUGGUUCAUUUAUUAUGAUACAUUUUUUUAUUUAAUUUUAAAGUACUAUGGGAUUGUUAUGUUUAUAAUUAUUAUCACUCUUAUUAUGUGGUCUUACAUUUUUUUUUCAGUUUUAGCUUUGGUUCUGUAUAGUUACAAUAUAAAGCACCCUGUUGAUAGUGUCUUCAAUGUGUUCAUUAUUUUCAGUGUUAGUUUCAAAAGAUCUAGAAAACUUCACUUCUGUAUCUGUAUUGAUCUGUUUUAAAUCAAAAUUACCUUUCAUAUAGCGACAUAGAAGCUGUAUUCAUUUCUGCU